AUGACCCGACCCACGAUCGCACAAGUUUUCGCCGAGUGCAAGGCUAAGAAUAAAGCAGUCUUUAUCACCUUUGUGCCCUGCGGCUUCAAGACCAGGGCCGACACAGUAGGCAUUUUGCUGGGACUUCAGCGUGGAGGCGCUAACCUCAUUGAGGUGGGCGUCCCAUACUCGGACCCGCAAGCUGAUGGUCCAACUAUCCAACGUGCCCAUCAGGUGGGUGUGAACCAGGGCAUCACGUUGUAUGAUGUUCUGGCCACAGUGCGCGAGGCGCGUGCCCAGGGCCUCACCAUUCCAGUGGUGCUUAUGGGUUACUACAACAAUAUUUUGCAGUAUGAUGAGACAAGGGUGUGCCUUGAUUCUCAAAAAGCUGGUGUGGACGGAUUUAUUAUUGUGGAUCUGCCGCCUGAGGAAGCCAAAUCGUUCAGUGACGAUGCCGCAAAGCAUGGUCUUGCUUUUAUCCCGCUGGUGUCUCCUACGACGACGGACGAGCGCAUGAGGCUCAUUAGUUCAAUCGCACAUGGCUUUGUGUACUGUGUGAGUCAUACGGGCGUAACUGGCGCUCGAAGUGCACUGCCAUCGUACAUAGACUCUUUCAUGGCGAGGAUCCGUGCAAAUGUGAAGCAUCCGUUGGCGCUGGGCUUUGGUAUUUCCACCCGCCAGCACUUUAUGCAAGCCAGUGCACUUGCAGAUGGUGUCGUGAUCGGGUCUAAGAUUGUCGAAGUCAUUGAGAAUUCUCCAACCAAAGCCUCUCGUGCCACUGAUGCCGAAGCGUUCGCUAAGAGCAUUGUGAAUCCGUAG